AUGGCUGUGCGAGUAAAUGUUCUUGCCCUGCUGGCAGCUGUUGCACAUGCUGCCGACUACAACAUUGUAAACCUGGACAACAACACGCUUAAGAUGCUGACUGGGAGAGACCUUCCAGCUUUCGUUCGUUUCGACAAAGAUUACCCUUACGGUGAAAAGGCCGAUGCUUUCAAGGCGCUCGCACAGACAGCGGUGGGAGCAAAGGUUCUGAUUGGAAGCGUUGGGAUUUCAACCUACGGUGAGAAGAUGAAUCAGGAUGUGGCAGAACAGUUUGGAUACAAGACACCUGGGAAGGACUUGGAAUACAGUGAUAUGGACACCAUCUUUCCCAAGUACCGUUUCUUUCCGGCAAACGGCGGGGCAGACAUUGAGUACACCGGCGAGGUGAAACCAGAUGCUAUGACCCUCUUCCUGAAGAAGGAGGCAAAGGUCUAUUUUGGACUCAAAGGCACCAUCCGCGAGUUUGACAAGUUCGCUGCGGAUUUCAUGAAGGAUGGAGCAAACAAGGCCGAAGUCAUCCAGACUGCCAAGGCAGCUGCAGAUUCCCUGACAGGUGCAGACAAGGAGGCAGCAGCCUAUUACGUGAAGGCUAUGGAGAAGACCCAGGACAAGAGCGAUUGGUUCAAGACGGAGUUUGAGCGCCUGAAGCAGAUCGUUGCGGGUGGAAAAGUUGCGCCGGCCAAGAGAGAAGAUAUGGCGCUGAAGGUCAACCGCCUCAGUUCCUUCGUCACACCAAAUGAUGAGCUCUGA